UAUUCAGUGUUUAAUAUCUGGGAUAUGGCUGUCUUCAUGAUAAACAUUUGUAAAUUUAAUGAAUGUGGUUUGACGUUUCCUAAUUUGUUAGAACUUAUUCAACAUAUUGAAGGCACUCAUAUCGAUUACGACCCUCGCGUGAUUGAACAGAAAGAGUUGCAGCAGCCGUCUUGCCUGCCGCUGAGCUACGUGCUGAGCUUUUUCUCAGACGAGGGCAUCAAGCGAAAGGUCUCCCAUUCAAAUGUGACCAGAAGCAUCUCCUAUUCUGCAUUUAGCAGAUCCAGCUCACCGACAGGGAGCGACGGCGAGGAAGAUGAGUUCGGGAGCGAGCUGGACAACAGCAACGAGUCGUGGGCCACUUCCGAGGAAUUCAGCUCCGAGUUCAUCCUCAAGUACGGCAGCAGAUUGGCGAACUCUUCGGCCAACAGUAACGGCACUGACAAGCCGUUUGCGUGCCCUGUUCCUGGCUGCAAGAAGCGCUACAAGAACAUCAACGGCAUGAAGUACCAUUCCAAAAAUGGACACAAGAAGGAUGGAAAGCUCCACAAGGCGUUCAAGUGCCACUGCGGCAAGAGCUACAAGACCCGGCAGGGCCUGAAGAACCACGGGGCGGCGCGUCACGGCACCAACCUGGCGCUGGCGGUCCCGGGCGGCGAGGCGGCGGGCGUGCGCGCCGUCUCCAUCAGGAGCCUGGACGUGAAGGCCAUGGUGCUGGCGGACUCUGCGCUGGGCGUGCUCACCCCGGCCCCUUCCCCCCAAGUGUCGCCCCUCCCCGUCAAGCCCCACCCGCCGUUCACCCCGACCCAGUCCCCCGUCAAGCACCUGGCCUUCUCCUCCCCGGCGGUGCUGACCCCGGGGCCCCCCAGCCCCGCCAGCAGCACCUCCUGAACGCCUCCGGGACAGUCGGUGAGUCGAGUCCAUUCCUCUCCAACAACAGUGAUAUUCAUUCCAGAAGUGUUGAUGAUGGUGAGGGGUUGUUCGGCCAGGAGGGACGGUGUGAUGACCGUGGCGUGACUAGUGGCUCGCGAUUGCCUCUGCAGGGUGUAACACUUGGACCGUAGCUCGGCCGGUAACUGACCCCGUUUCCUCUGGCGCACCAGGCCAGCCGGCAGCCGGACGUUCAUCAAAUACAAUCUCUAAACACUGUAAUGUUUUUAGUGAAGAUAAUUUUCGUGUCAAAUAUAUCACUUAUAUCUUCCUAGGUUAGAAAUACUUGUAAUUGUUUUAAAAACCGAAACUUAACUUAUUUCAUUAUAACUGAUAUAUUUUUUUUAACAAUUUUUGGCUCACUACGUAUCGCUCCCCUUAAGAGCACCUUGCUCUGUAUCACCUACUGUGUAUGUCCUGUCUGGUUUGGUUUCCAAAUAGCUGCCGCCUUUGUUUAUGAAACAUUGAAAAUACUGUAAAAUCAAUAUGAAUUGGUGAUGUAAAAUUUACUUGGAUUACUUACCUUUAACCACCUGUUUAAACUGGUAACUACUUGUAAGUAUCAAAAUGCCCUCUUAAGAGCAUGAUUAAAAAAAAAUUUCAGGAAGUGGAACAAAAAAAAGGGUCUUUAAGAAUUCAAAAUUUUUAACUGGAAAAGAGUAUUUUUCUUCAAAUUUAAUAAAAAUUCUUCAUUUUUAAAUUAUAGUAUAUAGAAAACAAUUUUUAACGAAAUAAAAUGCAUAAAUGAACAUUUGAUAGUGCAUUUUAUUUCAGUACCGCACGGUCAAUUUUAUUUACAGUUUCCUGGGGCCCCUAUCUAUUGGGAGUGUUCGUAUUUUUAAUGUUAAUGUGCAUGGAAAAUAAAAAUAAAAUGAAAUGAGUUUUUUUUUUCACCCGCAGGUUGCUGCCCUGUGCUGAGGCCAGAGAGGGUUGAGUCUAGUCAGGAGAGAUUCAACGAGAACCAAUGAAAGCGCUGUUUGGGACGAGCCCAUCUCAGCCAUGACUGCUGUACAUAUACCUAUAUUUGAAUCCUAAAGGCCAUUUCAGCUUACAUUAGUUUCAGCAAUGCUCAACUUUAAAAAAUUUCAAGGCUGUGUGUGUGUAGUUUUUAGAGGUUACUGUUUUGUGAUUGUGUAAGCGAGCUUAUGGCUUUAAGUCAGUGAUUUGAUUAUUGUGUAUGUGUCAAAUACAUAAAAUAUUUAUGGUGCUCAACCUCACCUAUGUAUGCUGCAUUAUGUCAAGUUGUCAACAUAGUCAUGUGAGUCUAAACAUUAUUUUGUAAUUUUAUUGUAAACUUUUGGCUGUGCUAAGUUCUGUAACAUUACUGUAGCAUUGCAGAUUAAACAUUGCCAGUGAUUAUUUGUAUACUAUUAUUAUUAUUAUUAUUAUUACAUGUUUACAUGUAUGUACUUUGUACGAAGUUGUCUGAGAUAUUUGUUAAGACAGUGUUACUUGAUCUGCAUGUAUAUAUAUAUAUACUUACAAAUAAAUAUACACCAAUGUAUAUCUGUAAUUACCUUUUUUGCAUGUACACCUAUCACUGCCAGUAAAUAAAGUGUGUGUGUGUGUUCAAUA